GGGUGGUGACAAGCGUUAUCAGAGUCGGAUGUUAAGUUCCCGAGCUGCCGCCUUCAGCGUGGAGGCGCUGCUCAUCGGGGGCCAGGAACACAAUGAGGAGGGCCCACACCACCCACUCACCGUAGAGGAGAAUUCUAUCCACGACCCCGCUGACAACGACCCCACCACCCACGAGCCUGCCACCAACGAACCCAUCACCCUUGACCCUGCUACUCACAAACCCACCGACCACGACCCUGAUACACACAAACCCACCGCCCACGAACCUGACACUCACAAACCCACCGCCCACGACCCUGAGACUCACAAACCCACCGCCCACGACCCUGACACUCACAAACCCACCGCCCACGACCCUGACACUCACAAACAAGCCACGCAUGACCUCGUCACCCUCGACUCCAGCGCUAUGGUUCAGUCAAACGACACUCGUGGAGAGAUGUCAUUAGAGGAGAGCGAGCAGUCGGUUAAGGGAGACAGCCAGUGUGGGUCGACACCACCACCACAACACACCACGCUGGACACACACACAACACAGGAUGAUAAUCUCACUCAUCAGGAAGCGGUGGUACAGAGCACACAAGGCAAUACAGAGAGAAGAGCUUCGGAACUGUCGACUGACGAUGACAGAGACACAGACGACGAGGAGUUGGUGGUAGACGUGGAGAGCUGCACCACGCCUCCACCACACAGCCCUGAUGAAAGCUCUACGGGUGUCGCCUUGUCCUCUGACACGCCUGUCACCCCUAUGUGUCACAGCAGGUGUCGAUCUCCAAUAGGGCUGUCAACUCAACAUCAGUUCAGGGAGGAAACUUUCCCUUCAGCUUCGCCUACAGGAGCUGCGGAGUGGCAGGUGUUUUCCCCGACGUGUGGGGUGAGCGUGGGAUGGGGAGGCCAAGAGGGGGUGGAGGAGGGGAGGGGAGGCGUCACCAUACAGCUGUUACAACAUGAUCUGUGGGCCAAGUUCCACAGCCUCUCCACAGAGAUGAUCAUCACCAAGAACGGCAGACGGAUGUUCCCGGUGGUGAAGAUGAAGCUUCGAGGCCUCGACCCGGAGAAGACCUACAUGGUGUACCUGGACAUGGUGGCCGUCGACACCCGCCGCUACAGAUACGUCUAUCCCAGCUCACGCUGGAUGGUGGCUGGGACGGGUGAGCCGCUGAGUGAUCAGCCCCCUUACAUUCACCCAGACUCACCAUCCUCCGGGGUACAGUGGAUGGCUGCCCCCGCCGUAGCCUUUGAUAGACUCAAACUCACCAACAAUAAGACGCGAGAUGCUAAGGGCCAGAUUAUCCUCCACUCAAUGCAGAAGUACCGACCGAGGUUGUGGGUGCAGGAGGUGAGCGUAGGAUCAUCCUGGGCCGAUCUACCACGGCUGACGGACCCACGACACGCCCACCAUGCGUCCUUCCCUGAGACAACCUUCAUCACCGUCACCGCCUAUCAGAACCAACAGAUUACAAGAUUAAAAAUCGACAGUAACCCCUUCGCUAAAGGCUUUCGGGACACAUCCAAACAAAAGGAGCUUCUAGAGAGACGGCCCCAGGUCCAUUCCAGCAGGACUCACGAGGCGACAUCAGUAGUCCCCUCCACGCUGAUGCUGCCUUUGAGGAUGCCAGUUCCCCCUCUUCAGUAUGUUUCCCCCUUGGCAGGUUUCUCGUCCCUAUCAUGCCCUGUCUCUCCACCCGUGUCACCCCUGUUACUACCCCCGCAUUGGUUGUCCGGGGCCCUGGAUGGCGGUGAUCGCCCACUUCCCUGGGUGCCUGAGCUGAGCACCUCGCCCUUUCUGCGGUCAGCAACCUCCGGACUCCCUUUCCUUCUGCCUCCCAUCCUGCCAGCCUUUCACACCCAGCUGCCGCAUGCCCUCGAUCUAUCCAAGCGCAAGGACAACACGUGACCCCGGCUUGAUGGGCUGCAUCGCGUCUUCUUGUGUUUCGUCACCCUGUUUUUUGUCACCGUUUAAUGCAGAUGUUUUUCCGAAAUAAAUAAGAGAUUUUUCUUUUCUACAA